CCCUAUCUAUAAACACCCUUGGUCGAAGGCGUUCAUCUUCCCUAGUCAACAUCCCUCAGCUCAGCCGCCCUUCCUCCCCACACCAACCUACCACCGCCUUCCCCUCAACAUUCGCUGAAAGCCCGGUUUCCUCAGAUCAACCCAUGUUUGCCGUCAUUGCAUCGAGAUGUUUCCACCUCCUUCAUCUCUCUGCUUUCCAUCCCAAAGGCUAUCCAGUGUCUUCCACAUCCUCGUCGGUCGUCGGCGACGACGACAUGCUCCUGCCCGUCUCUUCUCCCUCGUCUCGGCGGACCUCCUUUGGUGACGUUUCAAAUGAGAAGCAAUCAUCGGACAACUUGCCCUGGUGGCGACAACCUACAUCACUUCCCGUCAUAUUUGUUGUUGCACUAUUCCCCAUCUCCACCGCCCUCGUCAUGUUUUCGCUAUACACAUUGCCUAUAUCUGUAGCAUGGCCGCAUACAUUAAAAGAACUGGCAGCCUUGGGGAAAGAGCUGCACAUCUACUCGCACAGUGGGAUAGGUGCAUUGGCCCAUGUCAUCGGUGUCCUGGCAGUAACUGCAAUUUAUAAGCACGCUUGGUCAAUACCAGGCAGUGUUCUAUGGAAUGUUUUGGCAGGAGCCCUGUUUUCGCCAGCAUUGGCAACGUUACUCCUCACUAUCCUGACCAUGCUUGGCUCUGUCUGCGCCACGCUUCUCUGCAAGCCUUUGGCGCCGUAUCUAGCACGCGUUUUCCCUAAGGCGCUGGACAUGACAAGGGGAGCCUUGGAAGGUGGCUCAUCCGUGAGCACCGGAUCGAAAUCGAAGUCAUCUGCAUGGGUUCGCCUGUGUGUUCUUCGGCUCAUUGGUGUCGUUCCUUGGUCUGGUAUUAACAUCGCGUGCGGGGUGUGCGGCGUUUCGCUCUCUGACUGCAUGUUGGGUGCAUUCAUUGGAUGCUUGCCGUGGACCGCAGUGACUUGCCAGAUCGGUGACAUCCUCCAGACAGUGGCAUCGACUCCGUCUCCGUCCCAGCAGACCGUGGGAGAGCUACUGGCGUCUCCCGACAUCAUCUUGAAACUCGUCUUCCUUUCGUUUCUGUCGCUAGCUCCAAUCCUUGGACGCAAUCGAUUGCGGACACUUCUGUCGUCGUCCACCAGUUCUGAUGUCUCGCCAUCGGAACGCAGCGAUCGCCCUUCACGGCUUGUUUGGGUCCAUGACUUGCGGUCUAAGAUACGGCUGUCCCGCUCUCGUUCGGUAACACGCUCGGAUCAGCAGCUUGCAGUCCUUAUCCAAGAAAAGUCGAGUUUGCCAUGACCGCUCGAGCCCUUGACCUUAUCAUUGGGAUGACCCUACACAUUUUCUUACGACCAUCGUCUCUUGGAUACAUAUCGCAUCGGUGAUACCUACCCGUAUUUGUUUCACAAUAGUCAAUCACACCAACACGACCAGCACAACUCACUGCUUUCUAUUUUCCAGCAAUUUUUUGACGUAACGAUAUGAUACGAUUCGUAACUUAUUACCGCAUGCAACUUUUAGCUGCCAACGCAAACAUGUGCCGAUGCAUAGCUAGAUGCUUCUUCAUAUUCAAACUUCAUGCAGCCCGUAUUCUUCUAUUCUGACCCACCAAUAGUUACUUAUCGUUGUUUUUCAGGGUAGAUGAUGGUGUAGAGCCUUUGUUAAUCCUCCUGCUGUACGUUGACC